AUGGCGACAGGGUCAAGAUGCUGCGAAUUCCACUUUGUGAAUCUCACGAGUGCAACUUUCUAUCGUCACCUUCACAUGCUGCACCAUGGAACGUGGCAGCGUCAACCCAUCGAAGCAAUUCACAGCAGUUUGCUGCUGCUGUUGCUGCAGCCGCAGCAACAGCAGCAACAGCAGCAGCAGCAGCAGCACCACAGCCACCACCACCACCGCCACGAAAAACAACAACAGCAGCAGCAGCAACAGCAGCAGCAGCAACAGCAGCAGCAGCAGCAGCAGCAGCAGGUGUUUGUGUUUUUAUAUAUUCAGAUUCAGUAUGCAAUGAUUUUGGCGGGCAUCGAAUAUAUAAUUUGCUCGGAAUUUGAAAUACCCGUAUUGGGGGAAAGCAAGUAG